CUUAGUCGUGCACCAUGAUGUGCAAGAAAAGGUUUAGCAGCUUUCGGCCAUCCGGCUUCAUUCCUGCGCAGCAGAGGAGGGGGAAAGAAGCGCCUCGCGUGAGACAACCUGAUCGUGGUGGUUUGGCACUUUCCCAGCGCACGGCAUCAGAGCUAAACCGGCAGCUUGUUCAGCUACCGUCCGACAUGGAGAUUCUUGGUCUCUUCUGGUUACAGGAGAUUCUUUGGCCUGAUGUUAUUUCGAGCAGAGGAUGA